UGGAGGGAGGACGGAUAAACGGCGCUGACAGUCUAACCGGAUUUGAUAUACCUGGCUUGGCUCUGGAGGAGGGGAGAGGAGGGAUGCGACUGUGAUUCCCCCCCCCUCUCUCUCUCUCUCUCUUUUUUCCCCCCUUGUCUGUCUGUCUGUCUGUCUUGUCACCCACCUCCUCGGCAACACCACUAUACCACCAACUCACAACAUCACUUCUCGGAACCUAUUCGAGACGCACCAGUUGUGGCUGCUUUGGUGCUUUUUUUUUUUUCUUUCUUUUUUUAUAUCUUAUCUUCAGCGGAUAAAGAACAUACUGGGGUUUGUGCGUGGGGUUGUUUGGCUGUCACCCCCCACUCCAUUUCUGUUUCUCUAUUCUCAAAAACUAACAUUAAAAUAAAAACUGGGUUUCCAAUCAGUGGAUGUGUUGGACGUCUGACAGAUAAAGAAGCAAUACUAGUUGAGAGACCGUUUUCUACUGGCUUGUAUGUAUUGGAGGAAUUUCCUCGGAGUGACGGACUGCGCGCAGAGUCUCUCCUCUGGCUUUCAAGUUACUGCUGCCACUGCUCAGCUCUCUCCAAGUGAUUCUCCCAGUCAUUACUGCCCAGGAGAGGACCACUUCUCUAUGUUACCUCCAAAACAACUUAAAUGCAAAUCCAGCCCCUCAGCGCUGCUGUCAGUGAGUGGAGGACGUCGACAUAUCUGUGUUACUGGGCAGAAAAGCAACCCCUCCAUCGUAUCUAUCACCGGUAAUGAGCUAAAGGCCCUGUGAUUUGAGGAGAGAGGGAGAAAAGACUCAAGAGAAAAACAAAUACUACACUUAAAAAGGCAUCAUCAAGCAAGUUGGUUAUGACUAUCCGUGGUAACCGGUCCCAUCACAGCUAAUGAACUAGGAAGUUCACCAACGUUUCGUUAGCACAACCAGGAUAUCACCUCGGUGGGGGCGGAGCUCCACUGAGAGGCAGCAGAAAUCAGGGCGCAGAGCACAGUGCACAGCUGCUCACGUUGGGCAAAGAUGGUGAUGCUGUUAAUGAGGCGGGAGGGCCUCGGGCUCCUGAGGGCUUUCCUGGUCUUGGUGGGAGUUUCUGCGCUCUGUAGCGUUGCAUUAGGAACCCGGAAAGGAAACACUUCUUUGGAUCAAAGGAGUCACAGACACAGACAUCCAGGUCAUGUGUCCCUGCAUAGACACAGACAGAGAACAGGGAAGGAAGGACAGGUGCUCCACAGGUCCAAACGAGGAUGGGUCUGGAAUCAGUUCUUUGUCAUUGAGGAGUACACUGGACCCGAUCCAGUUUUGGUGGGCAGGCUCCACUCAGACGUCGACUCAGGUGAUGGCAACAUCAAGUACAUCCUGUCUGGCGAAGGUGCAGGAACAAUCUUCGUCAUUGAUGACAAGACAGGCAACAUCCAUGCCACAAAAACCCUGGACCGUGAGGAGCAGGCCCAGUACACUUUAACAGCCCAAGCUGUGGCCAGAGACACAAAUAAACCCCUGGAACCUCCAUCAGAGUUCAUCGUGAAAGUUCAGGACAUCAAUGAUAACCCUCCUGAGUUUCUGCAUGGGCCAUACUACGCCAGUGUGCCUGAGAUGUCCAAUGUUGGUACGUCGGUGAUGCAGGUGACAGCUACAGAUGCUGAUGACCCCACCUACGGCAACAGUGCCAGACUUGUGUACAGCAUACUGCAAGGGCAACCAUAUUUCUCUGUGGAGCCUCAGACAGGUAUAAUUCGGACAGCCUUGCCAAGCAUGGACCGCGAGGCACGCCAGGAGUACGAUGUUGUCAUCCAGGCCAAAGACAUGGGUGGUCACAUGGGUGGAUUGUCCGGUACCACAGAGGUGAAGAUCACCCUCACGGAUGUCAACGACAACCCUCCAAAGUUCCCACAGAGUGUGUAUCCCAUGUCCAUCUCAGAGGAUAAAGUGCCAGGAGAGGAGGUGGGCCGCCUUAAGGCCAAAGACCCUGACCUUGGAGACAACGGACUGGUCAAGUACAACAUAAUAGACGGUGAUGGAAUGGGCAUAUUUGAACUCAGCACAGAUUCGGAGACUAGAGAGGCUGUCAUCAAGUUGAAGAAGACCGUGGAUUAUGAGACUAAGAGGCUGUACACUUUGAAAGUGGAAGGAUCCAACCCUCAUGUUGACCCACAGUUCCUUGCCUGGGGGCCUUAUAAGGAUGAAGCCACUAUAAAGAUUUCUGUGGAGGACGCAGAUGAGCCUCCUGUGUUCAUAGCCCACAGUUACACAUUUGAGGUAGAGGAGAAUGCGCCUGAGGGAACCCUAGUGGGACGCGUCCACGCCAAGGACACUGACGUUGCCAACAACCCUGUCAGCUAUAGGAUUCCUCAGUACACAGAUGUAGAGCAGUUCUUCAGCAUCAACCCAGAAGAUGGCAUGAUUACCACAACAAGACCCCUGGACAGAGAGACCCAGGCCUGGCAUAAUAUCUCUGUGUCAGCGAAAGAGACAGGAGGCCACCAUCAGGAGACCAAAGUACGCGUGAACAUCAAAGUCAAAGACGUAAACGACAACGCCCCAGAGUUUGCCACCAACAAUGAAGUUCUUAUGUGUGAAACCAUCGCCCCAGGGAAGCUUAUUGAAACAGUCAGUGCGGUGGACAAAGAUGAAAUGGCCAACAGACAACACUUCACAUUCAGCCUCGCUCCUGAAGUCGCCCACAAUCACAACUUCUCCCUCAAAGACAACAGAGACAGCACAGCCAGCAUCUAUGUGCUCCGGAAAGGCUUCAGCCGCCUCACCCAGGAUGUUUACUUCCUUCCAGUUGAGAUAAAUGACAAUGGAUUCCCUGCCAUGAGCAGCACUAACACCCUCACCAUCAGAGUCUGCUCCUGUGACAGCAAAGACACCAUUCUGUCCUGUAAUGUGGAGCCCUACGUCCUACCUGCAGGCCUCAGCACAGGGGCGCUGAUAGCAAUACUAGCCUGUAUUGUCAUUUUGCUGGCAAUAGUGGUGUUGUUUGUUGCACUAAGGCGUCAGAAGAAGGAACCGUUGAUAGUGUUUGAGGAGGAGGACAUCAGGGAGAAUAUAAUCACGUACGAUGAUGAGGGAGGUGGCGAGGAGGACACUGAGGCCUUUGACAUCGCUACGCUGCAGAACCCUGACGGUGCCAACGGUUUCCUGCCAAGGAAGGACAUCAAGCCAGAGCUCCAGUAUCCCAUCAGGCCUGGCAUCGGCCGUCCUGCAGCCAACAGUGUGGACGUUGACGACUUCAUCAAGACUCGGAUCGCAGAGGCCGACAGCGACCCCACCGCUCCCCCUUAUGAUUCCAUCCAGAUCUAUGGGUACGAAGGUAGAGGAUCGUUGGCCGGCUCGCUGAGCUCCCUCGAGUCUGUUACAACGGAGUCUGACUUGGAUUAUGACUAUCUGCAGAGUUGGGGGCCGAGGUUUAAGAAGCUGGCGGAUUUGUACGGGACCAAAGACUGCUCCAUUAACGAUGCUGAUGAAGGUGAAGACUCUUAACAGUGGUCAAAGAGAGUGGACGUCCCAGAUUUCUGAUUUAUUGAUUCCGUAAGGAGUUGUAAACCGAAGUUAACAGCUCUCGAUUUCCAAUACCAAUUAGCAAGUGAUCGGUUUAGACCAAUUUGUCACUGAACGUCGACUGCUCCCCUUCCCACAGCGCCUUCUUGGUCCUUCCAAGACGAUUUGGUAACUAAUACAUCAUGAACGCUGGGAAAAGCUGUCUGUGUUUUUCCCAAGUCUUUCCUUUACCUCCUAUAUCUGUUUCCUUGUCUCUUCCCACAGACUUGAGCAUUGCAGGGUUGGGCUGGGAAAUGUCAUCAGUGUGUUCGAAAGUAACUGUUGGGAGAAAAAGUUGCUGCGUGGUUAAGACGACUUGCUUAUAGCAAACUCUUGUUUAGUUUAUUAGAGUUUCUAUAUACUUUUGUGGACUGGAUUCACUUACUUCUGUGGAGAUCUUAUACCCAUAAACUGGGUGUAUUUCUCUUAGUUGCUAUCUUAGUCGUGUAUAAAAGUGAAACAGAAAGAGAGGAAUACAGACAUAUAGUAGAAAAUCUAGCAUGGGUAUCCAGCAACAGAAAGAAAAUAAGAUAGGUGAUGAAAAUGUAUCAGAAAGGUUAAACUGUUAAAAUGCUUUUUCACAUUUGUUGUUGUUCGUCCAGAAAUCAGCAGGUACUGUGGUUUUAAAUGGCGUGACAGACUCUGGGUUGUUGAUACUCUGAAGAUGCUCACAGCAUCUUCAGCAUCUUCAUAGUACAGCAUCUUCACAGUAUGGUGGCCUUAUAAUAAAUAUACAACAACUCCAGGGGAAAAAACACAAAGAAUAACAACGUGACAGUAGGGAGAGCACUCGCUUCAGUAGCUACACACAGAACACACCAACAGGACACACGACGGACUGAGUAUCUGUGAAAAACGCUACUCAAAUACCUUUUUUUUGUUUGUUUUCUACUCCUAAAAAGAGAUGGAGUCGACAUGGAGUCAAUUUAAAACUGUGGAUGAUUCUUUGUUUUCAUUCUUCACCACUGCGGGGAAGAAAAGGAAAGCCGCCCCUUCUUCUCCACGCCCAUUUCCACUUUAUGUGUCACCCCAGCCAUCCAGAUUCCCACCCACCCUACCUGGUCACGUCCACAAAUGAAUGAUCACUUCCUCAUUCGGAGUCCACCAAUGAUGAUCAAUCACGAGUAAAAACCUGUGAGCUCUAAAAAUCGCCUUAAACUUAAAUGGACACUCUUGCAACGCAGUGCAUUCUCUUUUUUUUUUUUUUUUGUUGUUGUUUUUGUUUUCUCCUUUUUCUGUUUGGUUUUUGUAACUUGAAAAGUAUAUUCGGAAAGCAAACUACUCCAUGUUAGGUAUGUACAGAGCAAUGUGCAGAUAUACGAUAUCUCUCUUUGAGGAUCCAACUUGCACCUCGUGCACUCUUAAAAGAGGAUGUGCUGUUUUCUGACAGCUCCAUUUAAUGAAGAAAACAUACAUUGUGUUAUUUGGUGACACCAGCUCUACUGGCAGGAACAUCUCUCCAAUCAUUGUUGCUAUUUAUUUAGCAUCUUGAAAAACUGUGCAUUGAAAAAUAACACAAAUAUAGUUUUCUUGACAAAAUGUGUAUCUAGAGGGCAAAAGCAGCACAUCCUUCUUAAGUGUGUAGGUUCUUGUUAUUAUAUUAUUCUGAUUAUUAUUGUUGUUUUUUAUUAUUAUUGUUAUUAUUAUUAUUAUUAUCAUUCUUACAACAAUAAUUGUUCUUUCUUUGGCUGCAAAUACACAGGAACAAGCUCAAAUUUAACUCUUUACAGUUCAGAUUUGUCUUUCUUAUAGUUGUCUUUUAACAUGAAAAGGUUUUUUGACAGCUAUAGGAGGUUUCCUGCCAAAAGUUAAAUAUCAGCUUCAGUUUCUGCCUCUCUCAUCUCUUACUUUUCUUUUCUUUUUUAAUCUUUGUUUUCUUUUCAUUUUGUUUGGCGUUUCUUUGUUCUUUCUCCCUGGUCAAGAGGAAAACUAGCAAUCUGUGUUUGUUGCAGUGAGAGAACGCCUCGUUUUUAUUCUCUGUCAAGUUUUAUGGUACCGAUUUGUACAAUUUUAAAAGUUCUUAUUUUAGUAUACAUGCAGAAUAUUCCAGUAUUACAACAAAAAACAUGUUAAGAAGAUAAGAUUAAAAAAAUGUUACAGCAUCACACUUAUAUUUUCUGAACAUUGUACUGUUGCUUUACUAUGUGCUUCAAUCUCCGAAGCGAAAAAAUCUUUGAAAUAAAUGCUCUUUUUAUAAAA